AGAAAGUGAUAGAAUCGUGGCGCUGUGGCCCAAAAAAGCUGCGGAGCUGCCAGCGGAGGGGCAGAUAGCAAGCUGUUUGGCGAAAUGCCGCCAUGGCCGCCGUGUCUCCUGCCCACCCUCGCCACCGCUCGCCUCGCCACCGGCUUCUCCUUCUCCAGGAGCAGGAGGAGACACCUCUCCUCCUCCUCAACCCCCGCCUUCGUCUGCGCAACCCCGGGUGACAACGCCCACGAGCAGCAGGGGGACAACGAGGAGCAGUCGUUGGUCGUGGUGGGCGGCGGCGCGGCGGGGGUCUACGCCUCCAUAAGUGCCAAGACCCUGGCGCCCCGCCUCAGCGUCGUCGUCAUCGAGAAAGGGAGGUUCUUGUCCAAGGUCAAGGUCUCCGGCGGUGGCCGCUGCAACGAGACCAAUGGCCAUCAUCUUGAGCCCAUGGGACUGGUCAGAAAUUAUCCUAGGGGGAACAAGGAGCUCAGAGGAUCUUUCUUUGCCACACAUGGCCCGCAGGAUACCAUGCGUUGGUUCACAGACCAUGGUGUGGAGCUUAAGACGGAAGAUGAUGGAAGAGUCUUUCCUGUCACUGACAAUUCAGCUUCAGUAGUAGACUGCCUGCUGAACGAAGCUAGGAGACUUGGAGUUUCUCUGCAGGCUGGCAAAGCUGUGUCUAGUGCAUCUGUCACUCAGCAUGGAAAGUUUGUCCUCAAGGUUGAGAAGUGUACUGCUGAUCUUGUUGAUUACAUCAAUGCUAACUAUGUCUUGGUUGCUACAGGUAGCAGCCAGCAGGGCUAUUCAAUUGCUGCACAACUUGGCCACUCCAUUAUUUCACCAGUGCCCAGCUUAUUCACAUUUAAGGUCGCAGACAAGAGAUUGGCUGAUCUUGCUGGGGUUACAUUUCCAGUAGUCAAAGCAAAAUUGAAGCUAGAUGGCGUGCAAAAAAAUGUUCCGGAAUUAACUCAGACUGGGCCUAAGUUACACACUGGGGGGCUUAGUGGUCCGGUUGUUCUGCGUUUGUCUGCAUGGGGAGCACGUGAACUACAUCAGUGCAACUACCAAGGAAAGCUUAUGGUUGACUUCAUACCUGAUAUCCAUAUUGAGGACGUGAAGGGCAUCCUGUUCCGCUACAAAGAUCAGCAUGCGAAGCACAAAGUAAAUAACAUCUUUCCCAUGGAGUUUGGGCUAGUGAAGAGAUUUUGGAGAUUCCUGCUAGAACAGAGUAUAAAUGGUGAUAUGUACUGGGCCUCGAUGCCAAAUAAUCAUCUAAGUGCAAUAGCUGUUCGGUUAAAACAAUGGAUGUUUGAUGUUGUUGGGAAGGGACAAUUUAAAGAUGAAUUUGUGACUGCCGGAGGUGUUCCAAUUUCAGAGAUAUCGCUUGGCACAAUGGAAAGCAAGAAACAACCAAAUCUGUUCUUUGCUGGAGAGGUACUUAAUGUCGACGGGGUAACUGGCGGUUUCAAUUUUCAGAAUGCAUGGACUGGUGGGUACAUAGCUGGGACAAGCAUAGCCACAUUGGCAUUGACAAGCAAUCUCAAAGAGCCACAAUCGUUCUUCCAACUAGAAUAAUCAUAGAAGAAAAUGUGGAUUGAGUGAUGAAAGAAUCUUCUUAUCAUCUGCGGGCUGCGGCGAUGAUUCAGGGAUAUCACUAAUUUUGAGGAUAUCCAAGAUAACCAAGAUUAGUGAGUUACAUACAUUUGAUAGCAGAUGAUAACAUUAGCCUAACAUAGGGUCAAUGUAGAGUUAAUCUGGAAGGAUAGUAGUUACAAUCUAGUUGAACAAGCUGUGAGUUGUACUUGACUGAUCAAAAUGCAAAUGGAGCAAUGUUCUU